CGGCCAGGAGGAGCGGGGCUCUGCGGGUUCUGCCUCUCCGAUUUUCCAGCCGACUCCGACCGAGGACAAGACGAAGAGGGAUUCUGUUUCACGUCGAGCUUGUUGAGUGUGUUCCUGCGACUUGGCUCUGGUCUGAAGGUGUAAACGUCCCCUCGGUGUGGCGGGAGGUCGCGGAGGGGAACGAGGAGCGGGGGGAAUCUGCCGUGACUUCUUCUCCCCCCCCCCCCGGAGGAGACAAGUGGCCCCCGGUGCCAACAGGGCAGAGAGUCGCUGUGCGAGGCGGGUCAUCACCGGAGCUUCCCCUGGAUGUUGCCUCGGAUACAACAACACGGAGCCAAGAUGGACCUCAAGCUGCUCUUGUUAUCCACAUUGUUGGGAGUCAUUUGUUACAGUAAUGCUCAGAAAGAGGGGAACGAGUGCAUCAAUGCCAACGCCAAAUUCUGCGGGGAGUGCAUCCAGGCUGGAGCCAAAUGUGGCUGGUGCAAAGACCCAACCUUCCUGAAACAGGGGGAAACCGUGUCGACCCGCUGCGACGAGCUGCAGUCUCUGUUGAAAAGGGGCUGCGAUGAGGAGAUGAUCGAGAACCCGCACGGGAUGCAGAAGAUCCUCAAGAACAAAGCGGUGACAAAUCGUAGAAAGGCGGCGGAGAAGCUGAAGCCGGAGGACAUCACUCAGAUCGAGCCCCAGAAACUCAGCCUCACCCUCCGAUCCGGUGAGCCCCAGUCGUUUGACUUGAAGUUCAAACGGGCAGAGGAUUAUCCCAUUGAUCUGUACUACUUGAUGGACCUGUCCUACUCCAUGAAGGACGAUCUGGAGAACGUUAAGAACCUGGGAACCAGUCUGAUGCUGGAGAUGUCAAAGAUCACCUCUGACUUCAGGAUAGGUUUUGGUUCGUUUGUGGAGAAAACAGUCAUGCCGUACAUCAGCACCACCCCGGCCAAGCUGCUGAACCCAUGCACGGGCGAUCAGAACUGCACCAGCCCCUUCAGCUACAAGAACGUCCUGAAGCUGACCAGCGACGGAAAGAAGUUCAACAUCUUGGUAGGCCAGCAGCAAAUCUCUGGAAACCUGGACUCUCCUGAGGGGGGCUUUGAUGCCAUCAUGCAAGUGGCUGUGUGUGGGGAGCAGAUUGGUUGGAGGAACGUGACUCGUCUGCUGGUCUUCUCCACUGAUGCUGGCUUCCACUUUGCCGGAGAUGGCAAACUGGGUGGCAUUGUGCUGCCGAAUGAUGGAAAAUGUCACUUGGAGAACGGUGUAUACACGAUGAGUCACUAUUACGACUACCCCUCCAUUGCUCACCUGGUUCAGAAGCUGAGCGACAACAACAUCCAGACUAUCUUUGCAGUCACAGAGGAGUUCCAACCUGUUUACCAAGAGCUGAAAAAUCUGAUACCAAAGUCUGCAGUGGGCACGCUGUCGGCCAACUCCAGCAACGUUAUCAACCUUAUUAUAGACGCUUACAACUCCCUCUCGUCAGAGGUUAUUCUGGAAAACAGCAAACUUCCAGAGGGAGUGACCAUAGCCUACACGUCCCGCUGUAAAAACGGAGUGGUUAGUGAGGGCGAAAGUGGACGCAAGUGCUCCAAUAUCUCCAUCGGAGAUGAGGUCAUGUUCAGCAUCAGUGUGACAUCAAAGGGCUGUCCGAUGCAGGCCAAGUCGGAGACCAUUAAGAUAAAGCCCCUGGGCUUCACAGAGGAAGUGGAGAUUACCCUGCACUUCAUCUGUGAAUGUGAAUGCAACAAGGAAGGCAUCAAGAACAGUCAACUCUGCCACUUUGGUAACGGGACCUACGAGUGUGGAGCCUGCAAGUGUAAUGAAGGACGCGUGGGCCGACAGUGCGAAUGCAGCAGCAACGACGUGGCCACAGAGGACAUGGACCGGACCUGCCGCAAAGACAACGGCACUGACAUCUGCAGCAACAUCGGCGACUGUGUGUGCGGCACGUGUGAGUGCAAGAAGAGAGACAACCCCGAUGAGCGGUACAGCGGCCUGUACUGCGAGUGUGACAACUUCAACUGUGACCGCUCUGGAAAUAAACUGUGUGGAGGACAUGGACGCUGUGAGUGCAGAGUGUGCGUCUGUGACCCCAUGUGGACCGGCAGCGCCUGUGACUGUUCUCUGGACAACAACACGUGUAUGGCCAGCAACAAGCAGAUCUGUAACGGCAGAGGAACAUGUGAAUGUGGCACCUGUAAGUGCACUGACCCCAAAUUCCAGGGUCCCACUUGUGAAACCUGUCCUACCUGUCCAGGAGUCUGUACUGAACACAAAGAGUGUGUCCAGUGCCGGGCGUUUGGCACCGGCGAGAAGAAGGACACGUGUGAGCGAGACUGCAGCUACUUCAACCUGAUUAAAGUGAAGGACCGUGACAAGCUGCCGCAGCCCAACGACGCCUCUUACCCUGUGAUGCACUGCAAGGAGAGGGACGCCAACGACUGCUGGUUCUACUACACCUACGCUGUCAACAACAACACAGAGAAGGAGGUCCACGUGGUCGACACGCUGGACUGCCCCGCCGGCCCUGACAUCAUCCCAAUCGUAGCGGGUGUGGUCGCCGGCAUUGUCCUGAUUGGCUUAGCCCUGCUGCUCAUCUGGAAGCUGCUGAUGAUCAUUCACGACAGAAGGGAGUUUGCCAAGUUUGAGAAGGAGAAGAUGAACGCCAAAUGGGACACGCAAGACAACCCCAUAUACAAGAGUCCUAUCAAUCAGUUCCAGAACCCGAGCUAUGGACGUAAAGCUGCUGCCCUUUGAGGUGAAAAUCCCAUCUACAAAAGCGCUGUCACGACUGUGGUCAACCCCAAAUAUGAAGGAAAAUGAUGACUUCAUGGUUUUCAAUGAACUCUGUUAUCAAUUAUUUGACACCUGCAGUAUUGUUUGUUUGUGUUCUGAGGGGAACUUGUGAUGGAAUUUUAUGUCAUUUUUUUCUCGUCACCUUAUCAUUUAUAAUGAACCAUUCAGCCACUGCAUCAGUAUUUUUACUAACACAUGAUUUAUCUGCAUUUGUUUUUAUUUUAAAUGUACAGUAUGCAAUGUGUGUAUAUACUUUUAAGUUGCAUAUAUGCAGAAGUUAAUGACAUUUUUUUGUUUCCUGCCACAGGACUGGUAAGGGCAGACAAUUCACCUUUGUAGUUUUUUUUCUUCUUUUGUUUGUUUUUUUCAACAACACAGUGAGGAUAAUACAAAACAGUACAUUUACACAAACUCCACCUCAGCUCCUGUCAGUAAGUCACUGCUUGUCUUUUGUCCCGUCUGUCUCUGUGCACUGACUUCCUGUGUGUUUCUGUGUGUUUCUGUGUUCCAGACAGGACCUGAGUUUCAUAUGUAAAUUGUCAGUCAUGACAGUACAUUAUGUGUGUGUGUGUGUGUGUGUGUGUGUGUGUGUGUGUGUGUGUGUGUGUGUGUGUGUGUGUGUGUGUGUGUGUGUGUGUGUGUGUGUGUGUGUGUGUGUGUGUGUGUGUGUGUGUGUGUGUGCGUGCGUGCGUGUGUACACACUACAAUAUACAUUAUAUACAACAGGAUAUAUUGAAUUAUAUCAAGCAUUCAGAUCAGACAAUUACAUUGAAUCUUAUUAAAUUCUGCAGCGGUGAAUAUUUGUAAAUGUAGUUUUAAACUGCACAUUAGGAAUAUCUGAUGUUUAAAAUUUGCUGCAGUCGGGUUCUGUUGUCUGUCUUGAAGGACUAAAUACAGAAGAUGAAUAUUAAUAUCAACUAUUGUUAUUUGUAUUGUUGAUAUACUAUCACAAAGGGAUUGUAUACCACUCGCUGAAAUCAUGAAAUCGUGGCUAUGUUGAACAAUCAAAGGUUUUUGUAAAGGUAUGAUACAAGUUGCAAUUCACUAAUGAAGUAUUGUUGCAUUUGCUAACUGCAGUAACUUAAUUAGUCACUCUCAGGUCCUUUCCUGUGUUCUUGUCGAGUACACCAAAAAUAGUUUUUCUGUCUGCUUGCUCAGUGAUCUGGUGAACUCGUUUGUGUGAGUCAGUUUUGUUAUUUGCCAUUUUUUUUAGACUGUAAGCAUCAUUCAAGAGUAUUUGGUCUGAUGCCAACAUGAGUCACCUCUGAAAUGCUUUCACACCCAAAUGCCUCCGAAGUACAACACACAGGCAUUUACAGUAUUGUUUUGAAAAGUGCCUUUUAUUUCAACACGCUGUUCUCUCUCCAUGCUGAGUUAUUUAUUAAAUAAAGUACAAAUGCUGUA